ACUGGGCGCUGUGGGUCUGCAAGGCUCUGCCGAAAGGCAGAGAGGUCCCUCCUCAGCUGCGGGUGUUUCCGCCCCGGCUCCCCGAGAGGCGAGAAGUUGGUCUGCCGUGCUGUCAGCGUGCCGAGCUGGCAGCCGGGGCUCUGGAUGUGCUCCAGAGCCGGCCGGGGGCAGGGACAAAGGCACAAAGCGGAGCGCGACCAGCGGCUGCGGCAUUGACCACAGACAGGAGAGGAGCAUUUGCCAGACAACUCCCGAUAAAGCAAAGACUAAGAGUGUAAAAAUACCCUGGGAUUUUUCCAUCGUUGUCGCUCACAGUGUAUGUCCCAGAGCACCAGAUAUGGUUGUUAUAAAAAGAGAAGUGGGGGAGUGCUUUAGCGUGGACUUUUCUGUUCUGUUUCAUGAGACUCUUCCAUUGCAAAUUUAAGGAAGGAUUGACAAUAUAUGAUCUACUCUGGCAGGGGCUGGAGAAAGACUGGGACGUGCGAGGCACUGCACUGUGUACAGGGGAUGGAGCAAUGAGGUAUUGCCCCGGCACCAAGCACCCUGACCUCAUUGUGCUGCAGAUCCCUUGGAAAGGGACAGCAGCAGAGCAGCCCCACGUGCCUGCUCGGGGCCAGAGCAGAACUGGGGUGGCAGCGUGGGCUGGUGUGAUGGCUUGUGCUGCUGGAGCACGGUGUCACACGGGAAGGAGGAGAUGACUGCAGCACCGUGGUGGUGUCCCUGGCAUUGCUCAAUGUAAGACACAGGAGGGCUUGGGAAAGAGGGAAGGGUAGCACAUGCUUUGGGGCUGGAGGCCCAUCUGGCUGGCUGUUUCAGUGCUGCAAGGCAGUGGCAGUGACAUCCGUGCUGCAGCAGCUUUCAAAAGUGCUGUGGGGCUUCUGCAGGCCAUGAAAUUCAUGGGUGUUCAUGUGCACCCAGGACAGGCAGCAGAGGGGUGGGGAGACUCGUGUCCAGGCUGCAGCCUCCUGCCUAGCCUCUCUCCUUGCUGCACCCACCAGCUUUGUUUCAUACCACUCCAUAGGAAUUGCCAUUCACUCUGCAGCUUCCUCCUUCACAUGUGGGUCACAGGAGGCAGAGCAAGCUCCAAGAAAUGCCCUCAGGCAUGCUCUGGAUUCGUGUCUCUGUCCUCAGCCAGGCUUUCCUCCUGCUUGUCCAUGUGACAGGCAGCUGCCUAUUCAGGAUAUGAACAUAAUCCCCUUCUGCUGGAGACACCUCUGAUCCUUCCCCCUUCAUUCCAUUUCUGUUUCAGGUUUCCAAGUGGCAAUGGGACCUUUUCACAGCCAUUUGAACUACUCUUGCAUAGGGUUUGGGCUCCUGGCAAGCCCCCAGGCCUUGCCAGGCUGGUGGCAUUGAUUUUGCCAGCAGGGACGUCCGUGGCAGCCCUGGCCCAGCAGCUGCUGAGGAGGGACAGUGACCCAAUGUGGCAGCAGUGCCCAGCCCAGGCGUUUCUUGCCUGCCUGUCUGUCCUUCCCAUGGUGGCACCACGCGCUGUGGGGGCGUGUUGGGGUGGAAGUGGGAAACGUGUUUAUUUCUGUCCGUCUCCUGGCUCGUGCCGCUCCGAGUUUGUGGCACUGGGUAUUACUAACACUUCCCUGUGCCAGCUGGCAGCAGGGAUGAAUCAGAUUGGCAGCACCACAGCGUGGACCCUGCACUGCCCGCUCAGCCUAGAGCGAUGCCUGUGGCAAAGUGCUGGUGAUGUCUCCUGCCCCUGACCAGGGUCAGCCCCAGUCAAGUGCCAGGGGCUUGGCCUUGCUGCUGGAGAUGUCUCUGUACCCUGAGGGACGGGGCUGUCCCCUCUGGGCCAUGCUGCCUGCCCAGGCUGGAUUGUCCCUGUCCCUCCUUUACGCUGGGGAUCUCAGGUGGCUUCAUGAGCUGCUCACUGGCAGCAUCCCCAGGCUGGGGUCAGCUCUACACCAGGAGGACAGCUUAUCCUCAUGCUGCCAAAAUCACCUUUUGCAGCUGCUGUGGUUUAACCCCAGCAGGGAACUUAACUAUCACUCAGCCCCUCUCUCCCUCUCACUGCCCCCAUCCACAGUGGGGAGGGGAAUCAAAAAGAAAAGGUAAACUUUGUGGGUUGAAAUAAGAGCAAUUUAAUAAUUGAAGCAAAAUAUAACAAUAAUAAAUAGGUUGAUAUUAUUAAUAUUAUCAGUAAUAACAAUAACAUUAACAAAAAUAAUAACAAUAAACAGUGAUAGUAAUGAUAAACACAGAGAGAGAGAAUAAUAGGAUCCAAGAGAAACACGUGAUGCACAACCCCAUUACUCACCACCCAGUGACUGAUGCCCAGCACGUCCCCAGGCAUUCAUCAGCCCCUUCCAGUUAAAUCCUCCAGUUAUAUUCUGGGCAUGAUAUUCUGUGGCAUGGAAUACCCCUCUGGGUAGUUUGGACCAGCUGCUCUGGCCAUGCUCCCUCCUGGAUUCCUGUGCAGUUCCUCAGUGGCAGAACAUGAGCAACAGAAAAGAAAAAUCCUUGUCUUGGAGUAAGCCACUACUUAACAACAGCUCCGACAAGUCUGUGUUAUCAGCAUUAUUCUCAUACUAAGUCCAACUCUGUGCUGGCUACUAUGAAGAAAAUUAACGCAGUCCUAGACAGAAUCAGGACAGCAGCUGAUUGCUUCCUCCCCCUCCCCUGCUUCUGACAGCUCAGCACACAUGGAACUUGAUGACAUCACAGACCUUGGAAUGUUGGUGGUUCCAGGUUUCCCCAGAGCCAGAGGUUUGUGGCUCUCCUCUCCCUCCUGAACACCUCCUGAUCCUGGUGUUCUGAACAGAGGGAUUUUGGUGGCCACAACAAGCACUGCUGAAGCUGCAGAAGGUGGCACACUGCUUGUCAGUGUCAACAGCCUGCAUGGCCUGCACUCCAGGAACACAAUUUGGAUUCUCCUGCUUACUGCAGCUGAGAGCAUCCUGAAAAAUGUCGAAGCCAUUUCGCAUCUUUGGGCUAAUGAUGAUGGUCUACCCAGAAUCUCAAGGUUUGCAAGGUGAUGAUAACAAUGAUGGUGGUGAUGAUGACAGCAAAGAAUCAGAGAACUCCUGCCAUUCUGACGUUCCUUCACCCUUGUGCAAGAGCAGUGACAGCACAGAUGAAAAUAAGACAGAGGAUCAGGGAGAACCCACAUUUUUCGUAACUCCUGGGGAUUCUUACAUGGUGAAAGAUAAACAGAUGGAGUUGGCCAAGCAGGCGGUGGAGCUUGAGAAGGAAGAUCAGGAGCUUCAGGAACCAUUUUACAAAGACAUGGGAAUGUCUGGCAGAUUGGAUGGAGAUGACGAGCCCAGCCCAACCUACCACCUUCCUGGGCAUCAGAGGUUGCCUGCCCCCCAAAAGGCCGGUACAGCACCAAGUGGCUUCCAUGACUCUUUCCAGCACAGCUCAGGCCAGCACUUGGGGACAGAGGCCGCUGCCACACAGGCCCAUGCCAGUGACCAUUUUGUGGGACACCCAGAGACCACCACGGGAGCGGAGCCCCACGUGCUGCACGGGGAGGAUGGCGAGGAUGGUGAGGACAGACAGUCCCUGUCCCUGCAGCCAGCGUAUGACUUGCUGUGGCAGGAGAACAGCAUGCUCAGGUCAGAGAACGAAAUGUUGAGGAGCGCGAACAUCAUGCUCGCAGCGGAGAACUUCACACUCAGGCAGGCGUUCAAAGAGCUCACGAAGGACAGGGCUGUGUUCAUGGCCGAGGACAUGGUGCUCAGGGAGGAAUACGACGUGCUCAGGGAGCAGUAUGACAGGCUCGGGGGUGAGAAUGAUGCACUCAGGAAGGACAAUGUCAUGGUCAGGAGAAUGUUCCAGACCUUCCAGAACAACUUGAAGAGACAGGUGUGCAUGGUGGCGAGCUUGCAGGAUCAGCUGAAGGCCAGCCAGGCUGAGCGGGAGAGGCAAGUCCAAGAGCUCCAAUCCUUAGUCCAGGAGACUGAAUGUCAUCUUCAGAUAAUGACCCAGCGGGCUCUGAAUGCCGAAACAAACAUGGAGAGGCUGAAGCAGAAGAUCUUUAUUCUCCAAGGACAGCUGGAGAGAUGCAAGCUGGGGAAUGAAAACCUGAGACAGACUGGUCUAGAAGCAGUGAAACAGAACUUAGACUUCACCAGGCAAAACCCCCACGAGCUCAUAAUGGGCAAAGAUGCCUCCCUCAGGUAGUUCCUGCCUCAGAAAUGCUGCCCAUUGUUACUGAUGUCCUUGAAUCCACCAGAAAAAUUCUCAAAUUUUAAGCAAAGAAAGAUCUAUGAGUGUAGUUCUGUGUGAGUUCUAUGGAUCCGUGCAGGGUCCGAGGCCAUCAUUCUCCCACUUGUAACCAUCUACUGCAAAUAAACGCAUUUACUUUGCCACUGUCGAAUGUGUGUGCUCACACUGGUAGCCUUCAUCCUUUACGGAAAUACUUUCCUUGUGGUUAGGUACCAAUUGCAGGUACUGGUGUGACUUUAGCUGCUGAUACUCUGUUCAGGCUCUGUGGAGCCAGCAGCAAAGGCUGCCCAGGCUCUGAGCUGCAUGGUCCAGCCUUGGUGGACUCUGCAAGAGGCUCUGCCACAGCCCAGCUGACAUGAGCUUCCAUGUGGGAGCUAGGAGGAAGCACAGGAUGCAGUGCUCUUACACAGUGUGCUCAUCCCACCCCAUAGCUGUACCAGCCUGAACUGGAGAUGAACUAAGCCCUUGCAUUUCAUCUUUGUCCUUUGCCCCUUUUUGGGAAGGGGGGGAAGGUGGGGAGCAGAGAUCCAGGUGUUGCUGCACAUGGUUUCGCAGAGGGCCUUGGGUCCUCCUCCCUUUCUUUUGGAGCUGGCUGCUGCCGGGGCCAGAAAUCCAAAAUCUCUAGAAAUGGUGCACCUGUUUCUGCAGCUGGAGAAAGAGAGAUGUUGGUUGUAGAAACUUCCAGGAAAUUGUGAAUUACUCAUAUGUGUGAGCUGUGACAGGGCCUUCCCUGUG